AUGAGAUCCCUCACAGAAGAAGAAACCCGCACGCUCUUCACGAAGCUCGCUGCCUAUACCGGCCGCAGUCUCAAUACCCUCAUUGCCCCCGCCGAGGAUGGAUCCCAGAGUGUUUUCCGUCUGCAGGGAUCGCGCGUCUAUUAUGUCGAUAAGAGCAUCGCAAAUUUGAGUGUCUCGUUCCCUCGCGACGCUCUCCUGUCCAUGGGAACCAUGGUGGGCAAGUUCACAAAGACGGGCAAGUUCCGCAUCAACCUGACAGCCCUGGAUCUCUUGGCCCAGCACGCUCGCUACAAGGUCUGGAUUAAGGACAACGGAGUUAUGCCUCUGCUCUAUGGCGGUUCAGUUUUGAAAGCCCACAUUUCGCGUUGGAGUGACGAGACUCCCGAUAACACCGGAGUCGUCAUCAUGUCAUCUAAUGAUGUCCCCUUGGGCUUCGGAGUGACUGCUAGAUCGAGCACUCAAAGUCAAAAAUUAGAACCUACCAGUAUCGUCGUCCACCGUCAGGCGGAUACUGGAGAGUACCUGAGAGAGGAGGAUACCUUGUUCACUACCUAA